AUGGAACUAGCCCAACUGAACCACAAUCGCAACGGCGAACUCUUAGCCAAUCAACUUUUGGAUGUGGUUGUUCGAGUAGCUGCUGUUCGACCCUUCGCUGUCAAUCAAAUGGCCAUUUUCUUGCGUUCCUGCAAAAGCAUAAUAGUGCAUUCUAAUAAGGCCAGUCUCUAUGAUGUUAUAUACGCUGCAGCCUGGAUAUGUGGAGAGUAUGUCGGAUUUCUGGAGGAACCACAGCAAAUUUUGGUAGCAAUGUUGGAGACAGCUAAUCUACCUGAUCUACGAGGCCAUAUUCAGUCUGUUCUUGUGCUUAACUCCCUCAAGCUCUAUUGUAAAUUGGCUGUAAAGUGGUUGAGCGAAUGUCUCAAAGGAUGUAAAAUUGAUACUCCGGAAUUGAAGGUGAACACCAUGAAACCAUCCCUUUCAGAGCUCCAAGAUUUAACAAAGAGACUUUUGGAGUUGACAAAUUUCUUGAUGGAUAAGAUUUCACAAUUCGUGCAUUCUGCUUAUUUGGAAGUUCAAGAAAGAGCGGUUUCCAUUCAUCAACUGUUGCAUCUAAUGGCUAAAAGACUCUCCAAAUUCCGAGUUCAAAGCGAGACUCCCUCGUCAUCACAAGUAGCUUCAAACGAGACUGCUGAUUUACUCGGAGUUAACACUGAAGAAACGCUGGAUCCCCUUGAGGAUCUAGGAGUGUCUGACAAGUUGAGUGAUGAUCACGAGGCAGAUUAUUCAGCUUCUUCAGCUGCUGCAGAUAGCCUUCUUCGUGGAUUAUACGCUCUCACCUACGAAUUGAGUUUGCUUUUCGAAGGUGAACUGAAUCCUGUUGCUCCAAAAGCUCAACGGAAAGUUCCAGUUCCUGAAGGUCUCGAUUUGGAUGCUUGGAUUAAUCCACCACCACAAGUGAACUCUAACGCCUCCUCGGAAGGUAUCUUCGGUUCGGAAAAAAAGUCGAAGAAAUCGAAAUCGAACAAGGAGUCGACACUCUUUCCAAAGUCCUCUGAUGGCGGUAUUUUCACUGGAAUUCUUGCACCUGAAGUUCCAAAAUCACGCAAACUAACUUCUGCUGAACUGGAAGCUAUGCGAAGGCAACGACUUCUUUUGCAAGAGUCAAAUCCACACUACUUAAAGACGUCUAAAAAUAGCGAGCCAACUCCGAAUCUGCUGUCAUCAGAAAUGUUGGACACUUCGAAGCCGCCUGAACCUCAACCAUCAAGCGGUAGGUCUGCUGAAUUGAACAUUUCGAUGGGUGCGCUUGAAGCUCGCCAACUCGGAUAUGUUUGCAUUGGAUAUUCAGCGGCAGCUGAAAGAGAAAAGCAAAACAAAGCCGACGAAAUCCGCGCAAGUUUUUUACCCCAUGUUAUUUAUUUAAUUGACCUUAUUCAUUCACAAGCUGUCUACCACGUCAAAAUAAGUCGGAAUAAAGGAUCUAAAAAGGCCAAGAAAUCUAAGAAGCAUGAAUCUCAUGAACCCGAUUUACUUGAAGAUGUGGCUAUUGAAUCGCCGGCAGAUGUUGCCGUUAGUACUGUCUUGGAUCUUCCAGAGGGAGUGGAGCCAAAUGAAUUGGACUCAAGUGAUGAUGGAAAUGAGGAGAACUCUAAUGAUCCUCAUCGACUUUUGAACAUCCCAUUGGAGGAUUUAACCCCCGCGCCCCCUCCUCCUCCACCGCCCCUUUCCAAGAAGUCAAAUGGCAGGAAGCGAAGGCCCAAAACCUCGGUGAAUUCAACAAAGACGGAAGAAACGGUGAAAACGAGCAUUUCUGAGGAGGACUUCCUUAAAUUACUGACAAGUUCCACGCUGACGUACUCAGCGAAGUGCAAAGUGAAAUGUCCGGCGUCGAUUGAUGUGGUGAAUGGCUUGAGCGCUCUUCCGAUUGAGCGUGUCUUUGAGGAUCUGUUGAAUAAACUUUCCACUAGUUGUGGCAUAUCUGUGAUAGAACGGGUCGGCAUCACCGCCUCUCUCUACUCCGAAUUCGAAUCAAAUCCGGUGUGUCUGCUCAUCAAAUUAUCCACUCAAACGGGUUCCGUCUCAAUCGAAGCCAAAUCGGCCCUCCAGUCCUCGGCUGAUCAAUUGGUGCAAAAACUUAAGCCAAUCGUAAAGGCUUUUAGAGGCAAUGAUUGA